AUGGUUCUCUUGACAUUUGCGCCAUCUCCUACUGGUGCUCUUCACCUCGGCAAAUGGAUUCUUAGAAUAGAAGACACUGACGCGGCGAGAUAUGUACUGACCGCGGUGGAUAAUAUUAGGAAUGCAUUAGCAUGGGCUGGUCUUCCGUAUGACUUCGGUCCUGGGAUGGAUGGUCCGCAUGGGCCGUAUUUUCAAUCAGAACGACGCGACCUUUACCAUUCUUAUACACGCAGGCUCGUCUCUGGUCACGCAUAUCGGUGCUUUUGCUCUGCCAAUAAACUUGCUACCACCCGCGAGAAGCUUGCACGCGCAGGGUCCAAUGCCACGUAUGACAAGUCCUGCCUCCAUCUCACCGAGGAAGAAGUUGCACGGAGAGUACGUGCUGAGGAGAGGUCAAUUGUCAGACUGAAUGGUGACAACCUCCCAGACCAUGCUUCACCUACCGAUAUGGUCUUCGGUAUCCUGAGGGAUACACAUGCUUCACUUCCAACAAAUCCCGUUCUUCUUAGAUCUGAUCUGUUCCCCACGCACCAUUUGGCGUCUGUUGUGGACGAUCACGAGAUGAACAUCACACACGUUCUCCGCGGAGAGAUGUCAAAGCGCAAUGGAGAUGUGUCUCGCCGUGGUUGGGAACCGGAAGGUGUUUUAUAUUGGCUUACACUGGCUGGAUGGGGCGUGCACCACGAAAAUGGGCAUGUUUCCCCACCCAGAACGCCCUCGACUCAACCUCCUGACAGUACAACCCUUUUGACACUUCCAGAACUCAUCGACCAAGGCAUUGCCUUCCAGGCAAGACGAGUACAUGAUAUUGUCAAGGCCGCUUUCCCUGAUAGUCAAUACACAAAUGUGGAGUACAUCACGCGUGUGAUCAGCGUCUUGCAGUGCUCCCUGGGUCGCAUCACAAAUCUUCAUGAUGUUCCAACAAUCGCUCCGUUCAUUUUCCGAGGAAUAUCAGCCGACGACUACGGCAAGUCGCGCACUGUCAUUAUUCUGCAACUCGAGUCUUCAUCGGCAUCGACUCAAUCGGACAUUGCAGUUUUCUUGCACGAUGCGUGCGAGAAAACAGGCCUGAAGUCAAAAGUCUUUAAGACUGCUUUGAGGUACGCGCUAUCUGGGAUGAAAGCGGGGUCCAGCCUCCCUGAGAUUAUCGAUGUACUUGGCACCGAACGGACAGCAGGAAGGCUGAAAUUGGCGCUCCAGCAGACCAGCGUUUCGAAAUAA